GGACACUACGGAAGUUUCUGUUAAAGUUUCACGAACCAGUUACGUAUUAAUGACAUGUUUGUGGAGGAAUGCAAGUGUUAAAGCGGCCACUGUGCAACAUCUGCUGCAAUGGCUCAAGCAGUUUCAGAGCUGUCUGUGCAGGUCUCCUGGGGGGAGAUCAGAGGUAAAGUCUGGGGUUCUGAUCACGGUCAUCCUGUGCUGUGCCUUCAUGGCUGGGCUGAUAACUGUGGUACAUUCAACACUCUCAUUCCCCUUCUGCCCAAAGAGUGCAGAUACUUGGCGGUGGACCUGGCAGGUCACGGUCUGUCCUCACAUCGCCCCCCUGGAGUCUUCUACUCCUUUCCUGCAUACGUGGCGGACGUACGCAGAGUCGCUGAUGCUCUCCAAUUGAAGAAAUUCACCAUCAUUGGCCACAGUAUGGGUGCUGAUAUUGCGGGAAUGUUCAGUGCACUCUAUCCAGAGAUGGUGGAUGCUCUCAUAUUUCUCGAUGCUUAUGGAUUCUUACCAACAGAUUCGAGAGAAAUAUCCAAAGUGAUGAGGCAGGGGAUUGAUGAGAUGCACCAAUUUGAAACCAAAACAGAAGAGAAGAGAAGAGUUUACACUUAUGAGAAGGCAGUGGAGAGGUCUUUGGCUGCCAACCCGACUCUAUCUAAAGAGUCUGUGAACAUCCUUUUAGAGCGAGGUCUAGUUCAAGUUGAAGGAGCAGGAUUUGUGUUCUCCAGAGACCUGCGAGUUAAUUUUAAGAACAUAAUGCGCAUCAGUGUGGAGCAGAGUCUGGAGAUGCAGUCGAGGAUACAAGCUUCUGUCCUAGUUGUUCUGUCAGAAGGAGGCUUUGAUAGAAUAUUUUCUGAACCAGCCCAAAAGAAAUUUAGCUCAACGCUCCUCCAGUGCUUUCGGGACAGAAAUCAUACAGUGGUGACAGUAGCAGGCGGUCAUCACGUCCAUCUGAAUAAUCCUGAAGCCGUCGCUCCGUUUGUGUCUGAAUUUCUGCAGACCAAAGUGUUAUCACAGUCAGACAACAGAGAGCACAAAAACACAUCUAACUUAUAAACUGAACACACACACAAUAAUUUAACACGCUCACACUUAAUUCAUAUUGUACUGAUGUUUAUCAAUGUCAUUGCUUUAUAAUUUAAUUGGGUAUACUUGCUCACUGAAGUGAAUGUGAAGGCAUGUCCAAACUUUUGACUGGUACUGGUAAUUCCUGCUAAGAAAGGUUUGUGUGACAGAUCAUGAGACGCUGAGGGCAGGUACACAGAAAGGUCUGAAGUUUGCUAAUAGACUAAGACUGUGAUAACUCGAUUGAGUACAUUUUUAAUUGUUGUACUGUUUUCACACUGCAGUGUUUACAACAACCUCUGGGCAGCAAAUGCAGUAAAAGUCCUGACUAUCAGCCAUGUGCUUCAUGUCUUUUGUGGGAGACGGGUUAAUAAUUUAAAGCUUUCUGAUAAAUUCAUGUGUUCUGCAGAUGCUUUGAGUGAAAGUGGCACUGUGAGCAAAACUGGCUGUGAUUCACACAAAGUGAGAUAAACUGCAGCAGCCAAGUUUAAGUGUUACAGGGAAAAAGUUUGUAUGUUUUGCUUGUUGAGAGAUUCAGUGGACUUUCAUAACAAGGCCCACUCAAUUCAAAGGGCAUCAAAUCUGCAUUGGUCGCAUUUAUUCUCGUAUCUACUGAACAUUGGGCCUCAUUAGUCAGCCUGUUUUGUGUUGGCUUUUACCCAGAACCUGUUCUUACCCUCGACUGCCAAUUAAUCAUGUACACUUAUGGCCAUUUUCACAUUUAAAAAUUUAGAU